AUGUUUAACUUCACUGGGGAUACAAAGAGACGUAAUGUCAACUUGGGAGAUAAGAAACGAACUGGAUUUGGCGGAUUUGGCACCAAUGCAUUUCUAGAACAAUCACGUAAGGAGCGAGAAGAACGGGAGCAACAGCGUAUUCGAGAGAACGCCGCAAUUACGAUACAACGAGCUAUCAGACUGUACUUACAACAGAAGGAGGAGGUUGGGAAACUACUUCGAGAUUGGCUUGAUUCUGAUACACUGGAAGUUGAUCUCUGGGGUUUUGUAUCUCAAUUUGUGACGUUGACACACUGGUUUGGACGCAGAGGUGAAUCAGACCAAGAGGAAUUGAGUGAGAUUGUGUCAAAGUUGAAUAGCGAGUUGGAAACAAAAUGGUCAAAUCUACUGAGUGAGCAUGCAGCGGCAUUGUUUUACCUUGGCCAAUUCGUAUCUGGUUGCCUUUCGCAAACCAAAGUGGAGAGACAAAUCAAAAGACAAUGGAUGAGUAUCAUCAGAGCAUUGCAUGGAAAGUAUCACUAUACAUCUGCAUUUUUGUUGGCACAGCUUGGCCAAUACCUACAGCUGGAGUUAUAUAAUGAGGGCCACUCUGAAGAGAUUGUGGACAUCCUCAACUUUGCUUACACUGUGGAACAGUCAUUAUUGAAUACCAACCGCUCCUCAUUUGAGCCUUCCAUGCUUAAUAUCCUUGCUUGUGAUGUUUACACUGGCCCCAAUGAGUUUUACUUGAAAGUAUUGCGUGAAUUUGCCUCAAAGAAGCAGAGUGAAAUUGACAAAUACUUGAAGGAAAACGAUGCCGCCAAGGAUAGACUACUAUACAUGUUGGUUAACUUUUUAAUUAUCCACGAGAAUGCAGUCUUCACGAUGCAAGACUUGCAAUUGGUACACGUUUUGCUUAAGUACAGCCAAUCCAUGGUAUUGGAGAACUAUCCCGAUGAAAGCGAAUCGCAGCAAAUGAAGGAUAGAGGAAUGAGUGCAGUGGUACUCCCGACUGCCAAAAUUGAAGUGUUAAAGUCCUUGUAUGCACCCGGUUUUCUUCAAAAUGUUUUGAAAUCAGGACAACAGAACAAUACUAUAUCUUAUGAAAUUCUUUCGAAGCUCAUUGCUUUGCAGCCAUCAUGGAAGCAGUCAGUUUUGAAUCAAAUAUGCAUAGACCCAACAAACAUUUUCAAAACCUGUGCGCAUUUUCUCAAGCAAGCUGGAGAGCUAUCUGGUCGCUCGUUUGAGAAAGUCGAGGAGGCUUUUCUUUCAGGUGAUUUUUACAAUGGAUUGUUGUUUUUCGAAGAGGUUUAUUCCUAUUGGCUUAUAGUAUCUAAUGAUACUGAGUCAUUCAAGAAGACAGGAAUAGACGAGGAGGUGGUGAAGGAGUUUUGUAAAUUCUUGAAGCCAUUAUGCUCUUGCUUGGCAAUGAAAGCGGACUUGGGUACGAAAUAUCUCCGCCAAAAGACAUUCACUUUGGUUGAUCAGUUGUAUUUGAAGAAUUUGCGAUUAAAGUUUCUCCCUCCAGAUUUUUGGCUAGUGAAGCAACGCAGUUAUAAUUUUGAUAAAUUACUUAGUUAUGUGAUUCAGGAUUUUAUGGAAGAUCUGGUUGGGGCUGAUGACGAUGAUGACAAUAGAGAGCGGGAAGCCUUUUUACAAAGUAUACCAAACACUUAUCGAGAAAUGCUCAUUUUGUUGAAGCAUGUACCGUACUUUAUUCCCUUCAAUGAUCGAGUUAGGAUUUUUCAGCAAUUGGUUGAAAUUGACAGCCAAAGCAGCUCACCAUAUUGGGGGUUUAUGGAGCCUAGAGUCAAGGCGGAAAUUAGACGACAAAAUCUACUUCAAGAUGCAUUUGAGGCAUUUAGUAAAAUGGGAAAUCUGUUCAAGAAUCGAAUUCAAGUGGAGUUCUUCAAUGAAUAUGGGCCAGAAGCGGGGAUCGAUGGAGGGGGUAUAACAAAGGAGUUUUUAACCAGUGUGGUUAAAGAAGGAUUUGAUCCUGCUCAAGGACUUUUCAAGGAGACACGUGACAACCAAAUAUACCCCAAUGAGGAAAUUUGUAUCAAGAUGAAAUUGGGACAGGAUGUUUAUGAUGCUAGGGGCAAACUAGAAUACAUACAGUUUAUGGGAAUGUGUGUGGGGAAAUGUUUGUAUGAAAAUGUCUUGAUCGAUGUAUCGUUCGCUCCGUUUUUUAUCAACAAGUGGUGCAUGGAUGGUUUCAAGAAUACCAUCAACGAUUUGAGUUAUCUCGAUGGAGAAUUGUUUAAAAAUUUGAUCAAGUUAUCAAACAUGUCUCUGGAAGAGUUGCAGCAUAUAGACUUGGUUUUUGCCAUUGAUGAGAAAGUUGAUGAUGAAACUGUCAAUUUUGAAUUGAUACCAAAUGGUCGACUGCUCAAAGUUGAUAAAUCAAAUGUUCAGUACUACCUUCACAAGUUUGCAGAUUUCAAGUUGAAUCAAUUGCUCCUACCACAAACCAAGGCAUUUUUGUCUGGGUUAUUCACAAUCAUUCCCCGUAAAUGGUUUAUGAUUUUUGAUUAUUAUGAGUUACAGAUGUUGAUAUCGGGAGGUAAGAAAGAUGUUGAUGUUAAUGAUUGGCAAGAGAAUGUCGAAUAUGGAGGAUACUUGCCAGAUGAUGUCAGUAUUCAACAGUUUUGGGAAAUUGUCGAUGAGAUGACGCCACAAGAGAAGUCGAAAUUGAUCAAAUUCGUCACUUCAGUGAGUCGAGCCCCAUUACUUGGAUUCUCGGUAUUGAAUCCCAAGUUUGGUAUACGGAAUUCAGGCAGAGAUGUGACUAGACUACCUACAGCUUCAACAUGCGUGAACUUGUUGAAGUUACCUGACUAUCAAGAUAAGCAGAUUAUGAGGGAAAAGUUACUUUAUGCUAUAAAUACUGAAUCUGGAUUCGAUUUGUCAUAA